GCUGCGAGUGCGUGUCUCCCUGUGUAGUGGAGGAGGGGGGGUGCAGAGAGGCGGGGGACACGCAUUUUGAGGCAGAAGUCCCGGCGCGUUCCACCGGCUAGGAACCCAGGAGUGCUCUCCUUUCCCCCACCCUUGCUCGGGGUGAACUGCCGUAAGAAACUGGAGUGACUGGCUAGGAAGACACAUCUCCGAUUGAGUGCCUUUCUUCCCACCGGCCCGCCCUUUGGGUCUCGGGACUGGGGGAGUAGGCGUCCAGAGUUCUGCGAAGCGGAUGGACUUGUGGGCAGGUUGAGGAGCCCCGUGGGGGUCCUUUGGCCACCCGGGAGGUCCCGAAGGUCAGCCGCAGUGAGGACGCGAGAGCGGAUCCAACCUGUGCGGCUCGCCGGGGCGAAGGCGGGGAAAACUGGGCGGGGGGUCCUGCCGGAGAGAACUGGAAGCUCGCGACCAUGGUCCCCAAAUUGUGGUUGCUCGUGUUCCUCGGAGCCUGCACAUCUGGAAUCCAGCAUUGGGACGGGGCUGCUCUCCAGGGCCAGCGGAACAGCUCAGGCCGGCUGCAGUGGGAAUCUCAGUGUCAGUACCAACUUCGCCAUCUUCAGGAUGGAGCCAGAAUUACGGCGCUGCUACCUCCAAGGUUGGAGGGUCACUGGAUCUCCACGAGCUGUGAAGUGCGUCCAGGGCCAGAGUUCCUCACCAGGUCAUACAUGUUCUACUCAAACCGCCUGUUUAAAGCAUACCAGUUCUACUACCAGGACCCUUCCUGCCGGGAACCCUCGUACUCCCUGCUCAUCAAAGGCAAGCUACGCCUUCGCCAGGCAUCCUGGAUAACACGGGGAGCCACAGAAGCCAACUACCACCUGCACAAGGUCGGCAUCGUCUUCCACAGCCAGAGUGCUAUUCUGGAGAUAGCAGAACGCAUCAAUCAGACAGAUGGCGGGGGCUGUGGUAAAGUACUCCCUCCGGGGAGGUCCUGGAUUCCAGGGACGGUCUAUGAACUCCUGAGUGCCAAGGCAGAGAGAGACUGCACUGGGGCCCUGGGCUUUGCGAUGCACGAGCUCAGCCUGAUCCGAGUGGAAAGGCACUACAAGCUGCAGCAGAUGCCGGGCAGUAGGGUGGUGGAGGAGCUCUAUCUGGGUGACAUCCACACGGAAUGGUCAGAAAGGCUCCACUACAGACCCACCGGGUAUCAGCGCCCACUCCAGAGUGCCAUGCAUCACUCGCACCCAUGCCCAGCUUGUGGAAUCAUCUACCGUUCGGAUGAACACCAUCCCCCAAUCCUACCCCACAAGGAAGUGCUGCCCCUAAGACUCAGUGGCAGGUGGGUCAGCAUGAGGUGUGAGGUCCGACCUGCUGUACUGUUCCUCACCAGAUUCUUCACCUUCCAUGGGAGUAACCGGACAUGGGAAGGCUAUUAUCACCACUACUCUGACCCUGCUUGCCGACAGCCCACAUUCACUGUGUAUGCCUUUGGGCAUUACAACAAGGGCACCCUAUCUACCAAGGUCAGAGGUGGCAUGGAGCUAACAUUCAAGGUCACCCAGGCCCGUGUGACGCCAAUGGAUCAGGUCACUGUGGUGAUGCUGAACUUCUCACAUCCAGGGAGCUGUGGGGAUGCAGGGUCCUGGUCCCUUGGAAUCGAGCAGGAUGUCACACCAACCAAUGGGUGCUUACCACUAGGCAUCAAGCUCCCUCAUGUAGAGUUUGAACUCUUUAAAAUUGAACAAGACAUAAGAGGCCAAAGCCUGCUGUUCAUUGGAGAGAGGCCCACAGAUGGCUCAAACCCAGAUAUUCCAGAGAAGCGUCCCACUUCCUACCAGGACCCUCUGGUCCAAUGUGCUGGAGCAUCCAGUGGCUUUUCAAGACAACUUCCUCACAGUCAUCAGCCAGAAAAAUAUAGGAGUAGCAGGAACAGAUCAUCAGAAGUAUCCUCUAAGGGCAGCCUACUUCUGAUCAUAGCCCUGACGUUUUUAAAGUGGGACUUUGACUGAUCAAACUGUUGGCUUCCAAAGCAGGAAGAAAUUCCCUACGGAGUUUGACAUCCCUCCAGGCGCAUCUCCAAGAUCAGCACCUUCUCCUCUAACCCCUGAGACUCUGUAAAUGCUUAAACAUGGACAGAGGAACGGUGGUAUUCUUGAGACUAGACUCAGCACACAAAUAUCCACUUCCAAGUUACUGAGGAAUGCUGAUUCGGCAGAACUCAGCAGUUCACACUAAAGCCGGUGACAUGAAUUAAAGAUGCUGCUUUGAGCUUUCAGUGGCCUGUAUUCAGAGGCAACCUCAGCCUCCUCCCAGAGUGCUAACUGCUGGAAUUUCUGUGCUUCUCAAAUUCAGAAUUUUCAGCCUAGAAAUUUCCAGCCUUCCAGGAUCUCUGUUUCUGAGGUAGGGUUCAAUCUAACGGGUGCUCCCUUUGUCUCAUUCAAAACUAAGGGACUCAAAGAUGUCUGAGAGGCAGGUUAAACUCUACACCCCACUUCCAGAUCACACAGAAGCAAGUUGACUGUUAGUGCUUGUUUGAAUACCCCUUGUUAUUUUUAGCCACUAGAUAGCCAAAGAAUUCAUCUGAAUCUACAGUAUAUAGUUUUUCAUUCUUCAUCAGAAAAUUCCCAAUUCUUUAAAUACUAACAAGAGAAAAUGUUGUGGAUAUCUUAUGGGUGGAUGGCUUUAGAUCCAUUUUAUUAUUCUUUAGAUCCAUUUUACAAAUAGGUAAGUGGCAAAUCUAGAAAGUGAAUUUUGUUAUUUUAUUCUCUGGUUAUUUAUAACCAGUACCCCCCAUGAAUAGGGCUAUUUUGGGGGUUCUCAACCUUUUUUGUGUCAUGAAGCCCUUCUUAGAAAGAUAUUUUUAAGUGCAUAAAACAAAAUACAUAGGCUUAAAAGGGAAACCAAUUAUAUCAAAAUUGUUAUUUAAAUAUUUUUUAAAAACUGACAGACCCCAGGCUAAUAACCCUUGGAUUAUAUGAUCCCUAAGGUUGGUUUUUUAUCUUUGUAUCCACAUCUUGCAUGUUGUAAGAGCUUAAUCUUUGAAUCAAAUUCUUAAAGUUCCUUCUGACUAAGGCCUAUAACCUUUCAGUCAACAACCUGAAGUGUGAAUUUACUUAUGUGGUAUAGUUAGCCAUGGACUAUAAUUGGGGAUGGGGGUUGAAAAUAGUACUGAAGUAUCAUUUUCACACUGCUAAAAAUUCCUCUGCCAUGGUGAACUCAGAGGUCCCGAGAAACAUUUUAAUGAUCUCCUUUCUUCCUCCAUCCCACCUUCACCACUCACAUUACAUAUUUUAAGAUUCAAAUCCAGGUCUCACAAGUGACUUUGUGAACUUGGACAAUGAAAUCCCUUUCCUUUGCUGGUCUGGUUUCCUCAUCUGUAAAAUGAGAGGGUUUUUAGAUGAUUUCUAAAGUCCUUUCCAGUUCUGGAUGCUUUGAUAGACCUAUUGCCUAUAAAGCAAAUGCUCCUUUCCACUAGAAUUCAUCACCCCAGCCCGCUUAUUUUGUUCAAUUGGCAUCUGCUGAAAAGUCCCAUCUGACUUCUCUAAGCAUUCUUGUUUUUAAAAAGUUAAUCUUUGCAAGUCCCAAACUAAAAAGGGCUUUCAAAGGGCAUAUUUACAGAACUGCAGUUAUAAGAUUAUUUAUGGUUUGAAACCUAAUGGAUAAGGUUGUGGGGCUUUGGAGAGGGUAGAGGUUCCAGGGGAUGCCAUUUACACUAAACAAUUCACCUAUGUGUGGUGCAAAUGAAUCACAUUUGCACAUUAAUCACAUUAUAAUUUUUAAUCACAUUAAAAUUAAAACUUAAAAAUCUUUUUCAUAAACAAUUAUACCAACUGAACAGUGUUCCCUGUGGUUAUUAAAGAUGGACAUGUG